GGAGGCCAAUUUGAAGGGAAGAAAAUUAAACAGAGUUAAGGUGUCAGGUCCAGAGAGAGAGACAGAAACCCACCUACCCAUUCUGAGGUCUAAAAGUGCCUCAGACUAACUCCAGUGCCUGCUUUAAGGGAAGGGCUACCAGAUUUUUACCAAUAGUCAGCCAGGUCAGAGGUAAAACAGCGGCUGCCCCCGAACAGGUCACCGGAAAGAAGAAAAGAGACUAUUUUUCUUUUUUAAAGCUUUAAAUGACUCUUCAAGGCUGACCAGCAGCUGCAAGCUCAUUGCUUGCAAGGGCUUUUGCUGACCUGGAGAAUGAGGCCACCCUCCUGUUAACGCUAGAGAGAGAACCCACCGCCCCGGUGUAUAACCCUUACCCAGGCUCCUUUUCGAUGGCCAUAUCACUAUGCGGCUCAUUCCCACCUAAGGCGGAAGGCAAGGAGCCCAGCUUUCCGUGGAAACUGGGGACAGCCACGCUGCUUUUCUGCUCAACCGUACCAAUGAGGACUGACUCUCGGAAGCCGGGAACGGUGUGAGAAGUCUUCCUGGACUGCGAGUGGGGCGGUGUGGAACAGAGGAGAACGCAGGCCUUCGAGGACUCGGUCCAGACAGGUCCACCAUGGGCUUGCUGCGGGGACUUCUCCAAGCAAGAAAGCUGCUCUUGGUCAUCUGUGUGCCGCUGCUGCUGCUGCCCCUGCCCACGAUCUACCCCACCAGCGAGGCUGCGUGUGCUUACGUGUUGCUUGUGACCGCCGUGUACUGGGUGUCCGAGGCAGUGCCUCUUGGAGCUGCAGCCCUCGUGCCUGCCUUCCUCUACCCAUUCUUCGGAGUUCUCCGAUCCAGUGAGGUGGCAGCUGAGUACUUCAAGAACACAACGCUGCUGCUGGUAGGCGUCAUCUGCGUGGCAGCAGCAGUGGAGAAGUGGAACUUGCACAAGCGCAUCGCCCUGCGCAUGGUCUUGAUGGCCGGAGCCAAGCCGGGCAUGCUGCUGCUGUGCUUCAUGUGCUGCACCACCAUGCUGUCCAUGUGGCUCUCCAACACCUCCACCACGGCCAUGGUGAUGCCCAUCGUGGAGGCCGUGCUGCAGGAGCUCAUCGACGCCGAGGAGGAACAGCUGGUGGCGGGCAACUCCAGCAGUGAGGAGGCGGAGGGCCUGGGUCUUGACAUAAACAAUGGACAAACUUCUGUGGAACUCAUCUUUGUCAAUGAAGACACGUCAACUGCAGACUUCACUUCCCUGAUGCAGAACAAGAAUCUGAAUGGUGUGCCCAUGGUCACCAAACCUAUCAAAACAGCAAACCAACAGCAACAUAAGAAGCAAAGUUCAUCGCAGGAAAAGCCAGGAGUCCUGACCCCCAGCUCCAAGAACCAAGAACUGAACAGGAAGAAGUACAGAUCCCACCAUGACCAAAUGAUCUGCAAGUGCCUUUCUCUGAGCAUAUCUUACGCUGCUACCAUUGGUGGCCUGACCACCAUCAUUGGCACCUCCACCAGCCUUAUUUUCUUAGAGCAUUUCAACAACCAGUAUCCGGCGGCAGAGGUGGUGAACUUCGGCACCUGGUUCCUCUUCAGCUUCCCCAUCUCUCUCAUCAUGCUGGUGGUCAGCUGGUUCUGGAUGCACUGGCUCUUCCUUGGCUGCAACUUUAAAGAGACCUGUUCUCUGAGCAAGAAGAAGAAGACCAAAAGGGAAGAGCUGUCAGAGAAGAGGAUCCGGGAGGAAUAUGAAAAGCUGGGCAACAUUAGCUACCCUGAAAUGGUGACUGCGUUUUUCUUCAUUCUGAUGACAGUGUUGUGGUUUACCCGGGAGCCUGGCUUUGUCCCUGGCUGGGAUUCUUUAUUUGAAAAGAAAGGCUACCGCACUGAUGCCACCGUCUCUGUGUUUCUUGGCUUCCUGCUCUUCCUCAUUCCAGCAAAGAAGCCCUGCUUUGGGAAAAAGAGUGACGGGGCAAGCCAGGAAGCCAGCCAGGGAAUGGAGCCCAUCAUCACAUGGAAGGACUUCCAGAAAACGAUGCCCUGGGAGAUUGUCAUCCUGGUGGGAGGAGGCUAUGCCCUGGCAUCUGGCAGCAAGAGCUCCGGCCUCUCCACGUGGAUCGGGCACCAGAUGCUGUCCCUGAGCAGCCUCCCGCCAUGGGCCAUCACUCUGCUGGCGUGUGUCCUGGUGUCCAUUGUCACAGAGUUUGUCAGCAAUCCAGCCACCAUCACCAUCUUCCUGCCCAUCUUAUGUACCCUUUCUGAAACACUGCACAUCAAUCCACUCUACACCCUGGUCCCGGUCACCAUGUCUAUCUCCUUUGCUGUGAUGUUGCCUGUGGGCAACCCCCCCAAUGCCAUCGUCUUCAGCUAUGGGCACUGCCAGAUCAAAGACAUGGUGAAAGCUGGCCUGGGAGUCAAUGUCAUUGGCCUGGUGAUUGUGAUGGUGGCCAUCAACACUUGGGGAGUCAGCCUCUUCCACCUGGACACUUUCCCAGCGUGGGCUAAGGCCAGCAACAUCACUCAUCAGACCUAAUACAAGCGGACAGUUAACUACCACAGCCGGAGUUGAGCUACAGGCAAAGAAAGCCACCAGGAGCACACACCCCAGACCCUAUGGAGGAGAUUACUGCCAGCAGAUUCCUCCACUCGCCAGCAGGCAUGUUGGCUGUGUCUCCUUCCCAGCCUGCCUGCUACCCUUACCACCAACGGCCUACAGCUGCUUUCUUCCCAUGUCCAGCCUAACUCUUCCUGAAGAUGGGAAGCACUGCAAGCCUUCGUUCCCCAAGGGGAAGCCUCACAGACUGACUGGCCUCACUAGGCUUGAUGUUCCCUGUCAUACCAGCCUAGAAAUCGGAGAUUGCCAGAAGCACCCUGCCUAUGCAGGUCAUGAGACCUGUGGCCUCACAUCUGGGGGAAGGCCUUACCUGGCGAUCUCAGGCUUCUCUACCCUAUCUCUAGGAAACAGCAACCUUGCGUCCUAAGGCUUAGCAGGCCCUCCUCACGGCAGUCCAUACUUUCAUACGUUUUAUUUGCCUUAAGUCUCUCUUUGUUGGUUCCCCUUUACCUCAGCAUCAAGUUCCUGUAAAGAAAUGCCGUUUCCCUUCAGAAAGAAGCUGGCCUUAUUCCAUCAAAGAAAAGAGGUUGAAACAAGCCAACCAUCAUGAGAUCAGCACCUCUAUGCACGGUCAUCAACUGGAAAUGCCACCGCCUGUGGGUGCAGUGAGGGAGGAAAGAGGCUCAUACCUGCCUUACUAGGAAGACCAAAACUACAACUAAGACCAUGGUGUUAUUGCUAACACUUGCUUCUCCAUUUAAGAACUAGCUUGUUUCUGAGAACACCAAGUUCUGGGUAGUACUCAGAGGUCCUACCAGUCAGUCUUUCCCAUGCAUCCGUGAGCCCUUUGAGGGAAGCUGUGUCUUGGGCUCUUCACAAUGUAUUAAACUCUAAUUGUUCAAUAAAUGUCUCUGAUAAAAAAAAAAA